AUGUCGUACAGUAAGCUGGCCUCCAACGACGGACUGACCGUAUUCGACGAUCGUGUCAACAUCGAGCAUGGGGACUACCUUCAGGAACAGUUACUAGGAUUGGGCGAGCAGCAUCGCCGCAGCCGUGACGAAUACUGUAUUUCACGAUGGUGCACUCGAAUCAUCAAUUCGCCCAUAGUCCUUUGGUGUAUCGUCCUCCUUCAGUUCGUCACUAUCGGCGUACUCGUCUGGCGUACGGAUUUACCUGAAGAGAACAGUCUUUUCUGUAUGUGCUUGUUCUCUCUCUACCCUAUUCACAUCCCAAGGUCAAUUCCCCCGCUAGCUCCCGCGAAUGAGGCUAUUUCGUACAAGUACCACCGUUUCUUUAACGGCUUUGGACGCAAUGUCUCUCCCUUCCAAGUCCCAUCCUCAAAGGAACUCGAUGACCUUUGGGAGGACCUUUACAACUUGGGUAUAUCACGCAUCCCUACCUCCCAGGCCAAGCGGCUCCCAAAUGCAACGGAGGCCAUACCAGGGGACGAAGACAACUACAUUGUCGAACUCGACGUCUUCCAUGAACUUCACUGCCUAGUGAACCACUACCCCGACAUGCGCCUUUCUCUCCCGGGAAACCAAGCUCAUAUGAGCCACUACCUCGACUCGAUCCGCCAGUCCCUCAUGUGUUCGGCGGACGUCAGCCUUAUCGUCUGGAAAUGGGAUGACGAGGCCGGGCAGUCGUUUCCGCGCGGCGAUGUUGUCCACCGAUGUCGCGACUUUGAUAAGAUCAAGGAGUGGGCGGCAGAAAGGCAGCUUAUGGGGAACUUCAACGCGAGUGUGCAUGUGGUGAAUGACUUGCCAUCGCCGCCGUUGUUGUAUUAG